AUGGCGGCUACGCUGUAUAUCAACACCAACAGCGACAAUAUUCACGAUACACUAGAAGUAGAUCUUGAAACUCUUCUAGUAUUAAAUGUCUAUAAAAUUUGUGACAUUGGUAACAUUAAGUUGGAAAUAAUCCCAAAGAAAGACUUAGAAAAACCUUUAUUUAAAACAAAAUGCGAUAGUAAUGUAACAAUAGGCGAAGGUAGGCCACACAACACACAAUCAGAAAUGGUUAAUUACGUAAAAUUACCAGCACUCGUUCAGGAUAUCCAGGGCAGUAAGAGUAUUGUAGCUGGUAUUUGUUCUGUUGCACGACAACUGAUAAAAUGCUCUCUGGAUAACAAUGCGUUGUUUUUGUUGGGAUUUCGUGAGUCUUGUCUAGCGGCAUGUAGUGAAUCGUCAAUAUGGACGAAAUUCUGUGAAGUUGACAUGGUUUCAACAGUUCGAAACGUCCUUAAUGAUGUUAAUGAAAAUAACGCCACAAAACUUUUAAUACCAGAUGACUUAGUACGGUUUGAAUAUCACAUGCAACAACCUGUACGCAUGCAUAAUGUAUACAAAGUCGCGAGAGAUACACAAAAAGACAAAUCUAUUAAAAGUACAGUUCCCAUUUCGGAGUUGAACAUUCCGCAUUGUUACAGUGAAGGACCCGCCAUGACACUUGCUGACAUUAUCUUACUACCAUCUAUAAUUACAUUAAUGUCCAGCAAAUACUCUGAAGAAAUAUUUAUGAAAUACUUACCUUUGACUUAUCAAUGGAUACAAAAGAUGAAAGAUUUUGAUGGUUACCAAAAACUGGUUGAAUUUAAUUUAAACAUUGAUGAAGCAAUUGUGAACUAUGAUGAGUGUUUAAUUAAUCAAGAAAUUAAAAAGGAAAGUUUGUAUACUUCAGAUCCAAAUAGAUACAAACCUACAAAUAGAAUCUACACGAAACAAAAUGAUAUUGAAAGCGCGUUAAAUAUAAUACAAUCAUCUGCCAUCUCAAUAAUAGAAAACUCUGAUGAACCGUUCGGUACCGAGGUUGAAUUUAACUGGGAGGAUAUUCCAAUGAUGCUUCGACCUGAAGGAGGUGCCCUGCCUAAGAAACGUUCGAAAAGGAAAGAAGAACAACUUGAAAACUUGGCGAGAGCUGUUGUUAAACUUGCAAAAAUUGGUAAAACUAAUGGAAACAUCAAAAUAGUUGAUUUUUGUUCAGGUUCUGGUCACUUAGGUCUACUUCUAGCACAUCUUCUCCCUGAUUGUACGAUAAUCUUAGUUGAAAACAAAGAAAAGAGUCUGGAACGCGCCCUGGAUCGCAUAAAAUCACUAAAUUUAUCUAAUGUCAUAGUAGUUCAAUCAAACUUGGACUACUUUCAAGGUUCAUUUGAUAUAGGAGUAUCUUUGCAUGCCUGUGGGGUUGCUACUGAUCUGGUUAUGCAGAGCUGCAUUGACAAUCGCGCCCAUUUUGUGUGUUGUCCAUGUUGUUAUGGUGGGAUUCAUGAUUGUUACCAUCUCAAAUUUCCAAGAAGUGUAGAGUUUCAAGAAGGGGUGCAAGUUGCUGAUUAUUUAAAGAUUGCGCAUGCUGCGGAUCAAACUCAUGAUAAAGAAAACGCUAAGACAUCUCAGGGUUAUCAUUGUAUGGAUAUUGUUGAUUCGGAUAGGUGGUUGUAUGCGAAAAGCUGUGGAUAUGAUGUGUUCUUGAGCAAGUUGAAGCCUGAGACUUGCACGCCUAAGAAUAACAUGUUGGUUGGCAUUUGUUUAGAUAAUUAAGUUGUUUUACUGAAGGAGAAAACAAUAAAUUUUGUAUUAUUUAA